AUGCCAGCCGCCUCCUCGUCAGUACGCACCGUCCUAGGGAGCCAGAGGCAACUAGAGGAGGUGCCAGAGCCAAAGGGUGGGGGAACCGGAGCAGGGGAACCUGGCCAGGCGCGCCCUCUGCCUUCGCCUACCCGCGUCCUCAGCGCCAGGGGCCUUAGCGCGCCCCCGCCAGCCUCUCGCUCUGGUGUCCAGCGGCGCAGGAAGGCGGGGAUAGGGUCUGAGUUAGGGCGGGGGGACAAGGGCAGGCAAGGGCCGGAUCGGGGAAGUGCUGACGAGUGGGGGUGGCAAGCCUUAGGAGAGCCCCUGCUGCCGCUGCUGCCGCUGCCCUCUGCGCCAGACCACGCUGCCGCCACCGUGCACCACUACCCCUUGCUCAACGGGCAGUGGCUAUUUGGUGGCCAUUCUCCAUCAAUAGGACUGUCUCCCUCUUCCACUGUGGAAUUGGUACCCAUUUUUCCACAUGUCUGCCCAUCUACACUUCCACCUCCUGUUGGGAAAAGUUGGAUAGAUAAAAGGAUACCUAAUUGUAAGAUCUUUUUUAAUAAUUCCUUUGCUCUGGACUCAACCUGGAUACAUCCUGAGGAAUCAAGAUUGUUACAUGGACAUGAAAAGCCUCAUUUGCUGGCAAAUCAAGUAGCUAUGUCCCUGUCCAGGCCAGCUCCUGCUUCCAGGCCUCUUCCCACAGUGGUGUUAGCACCUCAGCCUAUACCAGGUGGUUGCCAUAACAGCCUUAAGCCGAUCAGCAACAGUCCCACAAUUGCCAUUGCUGCUGCUGCUGCUGCUGCUGCUGCUGCCAUGGUCUCUGUGGACCCUGAGGGAUUCCGGGCCCCAUCACCCUCCAGUGUGCAGCCUUGUCACUUCCUGACAUUGGCACCCAUCAAAAUACCCCUCCGGACAGCUCCCUUCUCAGAUAAAAGCAAAGAGCGCAGCCGAGCUCCGUGCCCUCCUGCCCUGAUGCUGCAUUCGGAAAGGAAGAGCCAGGCUGGAGACAAAGAAGAUAAGGAGCCUCCAUCACUACUAGUGAGAGGAGAAGAGAACACAGAAAAAGGCAAUAGACCCGUGGCUUCUACUCCGGUCCCUGGAUCCCCCUGGUGUGUGGUCUGGACCGGUGAUGAUCGGGUUUUCUUCUUCAACCCGACGAUGCAGCUGUCUGUCUGGGAGAAGCCAAUGGACCUGAAGAACCGAGGGGACCUCAACAGGAUCAUCGAAGACCCACCCCAUAAGCGCAAGCUGGAGGCGUCAGCAACUGACAGCGAUGGAUCCAGUUCUGAAGAUGGCAGGGAAGACCAAAACGUGAAGACCAAGAGGAAUCGGACUGAAAGCUGUGGGAGUCCCAGGCCAGAGGAGGCAGAAAGCGAGGACAAAGGCACAAGGACACCACCCCCCCAGAUCCUACUGCCCCUGGAAGAGCCUGUGACCCAUUUCCGGGACCAGCAGUUAGACCAUGGGGUGUCAGCGUUUUCUACCUGGGAGAAAGAAUUACAUAAAAUUGUGUUUGACCCACGCUAUCUCCUGCUAAACUCUGAGGAACGAAAACAGAUAUUUGAACAGUUUGUCAAGACAAGAAUAAAAGAAGAAUACAAGGAAAAGAAAAGUAAACUGCUGCUAGCCAAAGAAGAAUUUAAAAAACUUCUGGAGGAAUCAAAACUGUCACCCAGGACUACAUUUAAGGAGUUUGCUGAGAAAUAUGGCCGGGAUCAGAGGUUUCGACUUGUUCAAAAAAGGAAGGACCAGGAGCAUUUUUUCAAUCAAUUCAUACUUAUUCUGAAGAAACGGGACAAGGAAAAUAGAAUAAGACUACGGAAAAUGAGAUGAGUUUAUGAAAAAUGCAAUAAGACACAUGGUUCAGUGCUGAGCACACCAGAGCAAGGGAGAUCACCUGGUGGGGACAGCACUCAAAAUUCAAGCGUGUAGCCUCUGCACAAUGGAGUCAGGGGUCUACGGGGCGCUGUGGGGUUUUCGUUCUCAGAGGAUUACUGUUUCAUAUUGAAGCUCUCUCUUUUGUACAAUGUUCAGAGUUUGAUGCAUUUCUAAUUGCCAUGAUACGUCGAUCCCUUAAUUGUCUUAAUUAUGCAAAUUACUUGUAAUAUACACAAAUUAUAAAUCCACUGCAGGUUUGUAACUAAGCAGAAACAAGAACCAUCUAUAACAAUCUCAAAGCAUUUUCAUCACUUAAGACAAUUACCUAAAACUUUUCUGAAAACCUUUGUGAGUUACUUCAUUUUUCCAAGAUUUCCAUGGUGUUAGGGAAUUCCUUACUCAAGUGUCCCUAGGUCUCGGUCUCGUUUUUCUGAGUAGUAGCAAUAGGGUAUUCAUCAUUAAUCAUAGUGACAACUGUGAAUAGCCUGCACAUGGACCAUGGAUCACUUGCAGGUGUCUAGGGAGGAUUACUCAUUCUUUUAAGAGAGGCAUCCAGGACUGGAGAGGGGAGCCACCCUGGUUGUCAGAGGUCCUUACUUACAAAAGAAUUAUUUUGUACAAAGUCAUCACGUUAAUAUUUGAGUUAUUUUUCUUGUAUGCCCAGAGUUUGCAUGAGAUUUUUCUCAUCAUCUUUGUAUUAAAAAUUUUAAAUUU